AUGGCGGCGCCCUCAGAACACGUUGAAGCCGCCUCCCCAGAGACAGAUCCUCCUAAAAUGACCAUAAAAGAAGAUUAUGAGACCACCAAAGACCCGGAGACCUCAGACUCAGAACCGAAAGAUCAGGACCAAGACUCAGGUGAAGAUGAGGAUGAGGAUGGAGGCGAGCCUCCCGCACCGAGGAUCCGAGACACCCCUCAGGACAUCAGGCUGGAGGCGAUCGCCAACACGGUCGCUCUCCACCCGAGCAGAGACGUCCUGGUGGUCGGGGACGUGGACGGGGACGUGUACGCCUACUCCUACUCCUGUACUGAGGGGGCGAACAAGGAGCUGUGGUCGUCCGGACACCACAUGAAGUCCUGCAGGCAGGUCCGGUUCUCCUCAGACGGGCUGAAGCUCUACAGCGUCUCUAAGGACAAAGCGGUCCACCUGCUGGACGCGGAGAGGGGGCAGCUGGUGACCAGGAUCCGGGGGGCGCACGAGGCUCCCAUCAACAGUCUGCUGCUGGUGGACGAAAACAUACUGGCGACCGGAGACGACAAGGGGACCCUGAAGGUGUGGGAUAUGAGGAAGGGGACGGCCAUCAUGGAUCUGAAACACCAUGAGGAUUACAUCAGUGACAUCGCCGUGGACCAGGCCAAGAGGAUCCUCCUCACUGCCAGCGGCGAUGGUACCAUGGGCGUCUUCAACAUCAAGCGGCGAAGGUUCGACCUGCUGUCCGAGUUUCAGAGCGGCGAUCUGACCUCAGUGGCGAUAAUGAAGCGAGGGAAGAAGGUGGUCUGUGGUUCCAGCGAGGGAACCAUCUACAUCUUCAACUGGAACGGCUUCGGCGCCACCAGCGACCGCUUCGCCCUCAAGGCCGAGUCGGUGGAGUGCAUCGUCCCCGUCACAGACAGCAUCAUGUGCACAGCGUCCAUGGACGGAUACAUCCGAGCCGUCAACCUCCUUCCCAACCGGGUCAUCGGCUGCAUCGGGCAGCACGUCGGCGAACCCAUCGAAGAGCUCGCCACGUCCUGGGACUCCCGCUUCCUGGCCAGCAGUGCCCACGACCAGCUCAUCAAGUUCUGGGACAUUUCCAGUUUACCCAGUCAGACGGUCAACGAAUAUCGCAAGAGAAAGAAGAAAGACGGACGGAUGAAAUCUCUCACGAAGAAAGCUCACGGAGACAACGACUUCUUCUCAGGACUGGUAGAGGAGACGGAGAAGAAGGAGGAGGAGGAAGAGGAGGAGGAGGAGGAGGAGGACGACGACAGCGACAGUGGAAGUGAUUAACAAACAGCUGUCUGGGACUAAUGUUUAAUUAUGGGAUGUCUGCUUUAUGAACAGAUUCCUCCUACGUACCAGGAUGUCUGUGGAUUGAUUGGCCAUCUAUGGUGCCUAACAGCGUCAGCAGUAUGUGCGAUAGCAUGGAGGCAUCUAUGGCUGUCUUUGACUGAACCAAGCUAGGCUUCAGUCUGUGAGGCCCUGUAAACUUAAAAUAAGUUGGAUGAUUCUGUGUUUACACCAGGAGGUCAGUAGGGGAAUAAUCUCCUCACAGAGUCAGUAAUGGAAGUCUGUACCAUGUGAUAUGGAGACUGCUUAUCAACCAAAAUGUAUUAGUCCAUUACGGACUGUGGUUAUAUCUCAGAAACUCUUUAAGGGCCAUGUACAUGAAAUGUAUCCUAUGGCUGCAAAACCCUGUCAUUGUAUAAUACAGAAAAAUAAGGAUUCUUUUGGUACGUACCUAAAAUGGUGUGUCCAAUAAUUUAUAGCACUAAGCUAUACAGAUAAACAUAAAUAAAGGAUGUUUUUGUGUCAGUUUGUCCUUGUAUCCUGGAUAAUUUGUUGCAAAAUGCAACUGACAUUAAAUAUCUAUGAAAAAAUACACACCUUGUUUUUGUUUAGUCAAAAGAAAAUGUUCCUCAAAUGUGAAAAUUGGCACGUAAAUGCCAGGGUUUAAGGAAAAGUGUUAUAAUGGUUAAUAACACCGGCAGAGAGGGGGAGGUAGGGAUUAACGGACAAAUUUGUCAGACUUUCCUCAUGUCCAACAGAAAUAUAAAGUGCAGAGUUCUUAUGAAUUAAGU